UACGCGGAAGUCAGCCUGUUCAAGCCCGUCCUUCUCUGGGUGAGCGCAGCGGGCAGCUCUGGGCCAAUCUGCGACCCUCGGUCACGAGCCCGUGUGCCCCAGAGGGUGCCCGGACAGAGAAUUCCAGAAAGAAGAAUCUGAGGACCCAGCCUUGGAGAACAACAUUAUUUACACAGGAAUUCUGAAGACAUCCUAAGAGGAAUACAUCUGAAGAGGCAGAUGAGUGCCUUCUGUUCUGCGUAUUGUGUUAAUUUAGUUCUGGGAUUUCAGUAAGGACUCUUAAAUAAGAGACCUUAGAUGCUAAGCACUUAAUAGCCUGCUGCUGUGUCUCACAAAUAUGGUUAUCUGAAUCAUCUACAUCCAUACAAACUUACUUUAAAACCAGAUUCCAAGGCUGCACUUCAGGUUUACAGAAUCAGAAUUUUAUGAAAUUAUGCCAAGAAUUUGAGUUUUUAGCAAGUGACUCUUAUUCUGCCACUAAGAUAAUUUGUAUUCUCAUUAUAGUUUUAGAGCCUCUGAUGUCGUAGGUGAUAAUGAACAUGAUCAUCAAUAAUAUUAGGUUGAGGAAUUUAUUUGUUCAUCUUUGAAAGUUUAUGUCAUUAAAUAAGAGCAACUAGUCUGUUGUAUUGUGGGAAAUAGCACAUAUUCAUAGCCAAACAUAAGGAAAUAUCUUAAACUCAUGCCAUAUCAUUUUAGUAACAUUUUAUGAAAGCUCUUACCACAGUUUUUAAAACCACUUCCCUCUUGUGGAAAGUUUUUACUUUUUCACUUUAUUUCUAUUAUAGAUAAUGUCUUUAUUUUAGAAGUAGUAAACCAUAUCACUAUAAAAUUGUAGAUUCUAGAGUCGUAGUUCCUGAGUUUAAAUUAUAGCUCCUUUACCCCUGUAAUUGGGGAAAAAUCAGUUUCCUCAUCUGUAAUAGGUGUGUCAGCAUAUGUAUAAUUUCAUUGAGUUGUUAGAAUUAAAUGGGUAAACAAUUACAAAAUACUUAAAGUAGUUCCUGUCACAUCAUGACCAUUUAAUAAAUAUGGAUUUUGUGUGAAUCUAGAAUCUAAUUAUGUUAAACAAUUUCUCUAUGAUAAAAUUUCAGGAUGUUUCUGCUAUUUAUGUUCAUUGCUUUUCAAAAAGAUAGUAUCAGUUUAUGUUACAAUUGUAAAUGCAAUGUUGCAAUGUAUCACUGGUAUGUGGAUGUAAGUGCAGGUUAAUUUGUAAGCUUGUGGAAGACUGGGACCUUAUUGGUCUGUCUUUCUUGUUGGUGCUAGAGAUCAAACCCAGGCCUUUGCAAAUACUACAUAUGGUUUCUACCACUGUGUUAUGCUCCCAGCUCUUUUUAAGUCUUUUGUUACUUUCAAUGUCGCUAGGUGAAUUUUGAUAAAUUAUAGUUGCUUUUGAAAGAUCAUGUUAAAGAAAUAUGCUAAAAAUCUGUAUCUGUGUGUGUGUUUUUUCUUUAAAAUAGACUGUGAAGCCAUGGCCAUUCUUUUUGCUGUUGUUGCCCGGGGAACCACGAUCCUUGCCAAACAUGCUUGGUGUGGAGGAAACUUCCUGGAGGUGACAGAGCAGAUUCUGGCUAAGAUACCUUCUGAAAAUAACAAACUAACGUACUCACAUGGCAAUUAUUUGUUUCAUUACAUCUGCCAAGACAGGAUUGUAUAUCUUUGUAUCACUGAUGAUGAUUUUGAACGUUCCAGAGCCUUCAAUUUUCUGAAUGAGGUAAAGAAAAGAUUUCAGACUACUUAUGGUUCAAGAGCACAGACAGCACUUCCAUAUGCCAUGAAUAGUGAGUUCUCAAGUGUCUUGGCUGCACAAUUGAAGUAUCACUCUGAGAAUAAGGGAGUAGACAGAGUGAUGGAGACUCAAGCUCAAGUGGAUGAACUGAAAGGAAUCAUGGUCAGAAACAUAGAUCUGGUUGCUCAGCGGGGAGAAAGAUUGGAAUUAUUGAUAGACAAAACAGAAAAUCUUGUGGAUUCAUCUGUUACCUUCAAAACUACCAGCAGAAAUCUUGCUCGAGCCAUGUGUAUGAAGAAUAUCAAACUCACUAUCAUCAUCAUCAUCAUAUCAAUUGUCUUCAUCUAUAUCAUUGUGUCACCUCUCUGUGGUGGAUUUACAUGGCCAAACUGUGUGAAGAAAUAAAGAAGCUGUUAACCAAGGAUAAGAGGGA